AUGGCAUCCAUUAUACCCCUUAUUCUUUCCUCAUCAACUUUCUCGUGUUCAAGAUCGAACUCCAGAAAGUCAAGUCAUACGAGAAUCAAGUCGAAACUAUCGUCUAGCAUUGCGAGACGAAGUUCACAUACACCAUAUCGCGGAUAUAAUAAUUCUCGUGAGCAACUUCUCGUUCCAUCGGAUCAUAGCCUCGUCGAACCUAUUCACAAUUAUCAACAAGAGCCUCGUCCAUCAUCGCUUGAUCAGCACUGGUAUUGUCUGAAAUCUUCGAAAAGCACGAAGUCUCAGGCAAGUAACUCAAAUAAAGAAUUUGGGGGCUACUAUCUCCUUGCAGCGACAUCAAGAUCCGCCCCGUCAACGGAAACAUCACCCCGAUAUAAGAGAAACUCGGCACCAAUGGCGUCAGAUCCAGGUUCCGCUAAUGCAAAUACAAACAAUAUUUUCGGAGAGAGCUUUGAGUCCACCGCAACCGAUAUACGGGACGAGCGACGAAGAUCAUAUGGUAUUGGAGGAGCUGGGAAUAUCCUGUCUUCAGUAGCCCCUCACUUUCUCCAUCUACAUUUCCUGAUGCGAAGAGAGGAAGCUUUCUGUCGUGGUUUGGAAUGGGUAGCGGCAAAAAAGAUGGGAAGUAGCGAGGGAAAGGGGGAGGGGACACUUUGUGUUGGAAUAGAGGGAAAGCAUCAGAUUGAUGAUGAUGAUGAUGAUGAUGAUGAUGAAGAAGUUAUCGUCGAUCCUCGUAUUAAUUACAUGAGCGAGCUGCACACUACCCUGUCAUGGGAUCUGACUCCCGCCAUUGACCUUUUUCAUCGUCUCUCUACUCCGAUUACACCCAGUGUAAACGACAAGUUUUCCAUCUUCGACUCCCAACAUUUUUCACCAGAGAAUGAUUCCACAACUGCAGACAAGUGUGCCGUAGCCUUGGGUGAUUUCACACCAAUAUGGAAGUUCUUAGGUAUCGAUACUAGUACAAUUUGUCAAGAUUCUGAUUUUGAUUCAUAUGGAUCGAUACCAUCAUUUGCUUCUGGAGGCGUCUUUUCUGGUCUAGAUAGUCUACCAUCUUCUGCGACGGACGAUUCAGAUAGUCCGGAUAUCUUUGAAACCUAUGUUACGAAAACGAAAGAGGUACGAUGGAACGAUCAGGUUCCCGGAUCAAAAUGUCCGAAGCUGAAACGGCGGAGCACACGGGAUCUGGAAAAGAACUCGAAAGAACAAGCCUCGCCACGGCGGCAGAAGUUGUCCGGCAUUUCGCAAACGGAUGAGAGUAGCGGACUCGAAUCUGAGUUAGAAACACCUUCACGGUUAAAGUCUGCGGGAUUUCUAACCGAAGUUCCUAUUGUUAUAUCCCCUCUUUAUAAUUUGGCCUACGAAGAAAAAAUAAUGAAGAUAGCCAGGAAGCUAUCGGACCAAUAUGGUAUCGACAAAACCACACUUUUGAAUACCAAGACUAAUCUACAAAAUUCUACUGAUCCCGACGCCAUUCACGUAUUUGUCGAUUACAGCAACAUUAUGAUCGGGUUUCAACAUGCUUUGAAGACUGUCCGACGAAUUCCUCAGUGGAUGCAUACGAAAAUAGAUUCACCUUUCUCAUAUCGCUCGCUAGCAUUCAUCAUGGAGAGAAAUCGACCUGCUGCCCGCCGAAUUUUGGCUGGAUCCAAGUUGAACCACUCUCCAGUCGCAUCAGUUUUCGCUGAGGCCCAGAUAUGUGGUUACGAAAACAACAUUUUGGAUAGGGUGUGGAAAAACAGAGAGUUGACACCCAGGAAAGCACGGCGGGGGCGAGGCACUGGAUACCUCAACGGGCAGUCGAGUGGAUCCGAAACUCCAUACUCAAAUACUGCAACUCAAGGUUACCUCGAGCAGGGUGUUGAUGAGCUUUUACAUAUGAAGUUACUUGAAACUAUAAUUGAUUAUAAACCAUCAACGAUAGUUCUGGCAACUGGUGAUGGGGCUGAGGCAGAGUAUUCGGCAGGCUUUUUCAAGAAUGUCGAGAGAGCCCUUAUGAAAGGAUGGAAGGUUGAGCUCGUGGCUUGGAAGCAAGGCUUGAGUCACGAAUAUCAAUCAAAGGCAUUUGUACAAAGGUGGAAAAAUCAAUUUUCAGUUAUUUGUUUGGAGGACUUCAGCGAGGAGUUAUUGGCGACUUAUACUUAA